AUUUCAGUUUUUUGAAGUUAGUUGCGACAAGUUCAAAGAUUCGAUCCAGAAUUACACCGAAACAAUCACCGAGACUGUAGGACCGCCGGGGUGCCGAAAUCCCGAGCCGCCGAAGAGGAGCAGCCCUUAAGUGUGCUCGGUCUUUUCUUUUCUUUGGUCGGGCCAAAAUAUAUAAAAGGCUUGCACGGGUGUCGUGGAUUUUCUUAACGUGUUCCCAGGCAGGGGCGAAAGUUUUUUUGUAUGAGUUGAAUACUGGUCGCGCAGCCGAAGAGGCGAAGGGGCGCUUGGGGUGUCAGCAAUGGCCGGCAAUUUUGACGCCGAGGACCGUGAGAGCUGGUACUGGGGCCGGCUGAGCCGACAGGAGGCGGUAAACCUGCUGCACGGCCAGAGGCACGGGGUGUUUCUGGUCAGGGACUCCAUCACCAUCCCCGGCGACUACGUGCUGUCCGUGUCGGAGAACUCAAAGGUGUCACAUUAUAUCAUAAACAGCGUCAGCAACAGCCGGCAGUCCGGUACAGGGCAUAUUGCUCCUCGUUUUCGCAUCGGGGACCAGGAAUUCGACACCCUUCCGGCACUGCUGGAGUUCUACAAAAUCCACUACUUAGACACCACCACGCUAAUCGAGCCCAUCAGCAAGGCCAAGCACCCGGGCCUGGCCAGUGCCAAUGUGGGGGGUGCUCCCCAGCGUCUGGAUGAACCCGAGUAUGUGCGUGCCCUCUUCGACUUCCCUGGAAAUGAUGAUGAGGAUCUGCCAUUUCGCAAGGGCGACGUGCUGCGGGUUCUGGAGAAGCCGGAGGAGCAGUGGUGGAAUGCUCAGAACUCAGAGGGUCGCACCGGCAUGAUCCCCGUGCCCUAUGUGGAAAAGUACAGGCCAUCCUCCCCGAACAACGCUGCUGGCACAGGGCCUGGAGGAGUUACAUCGGCAGGGAAUGCUGAUGGCAUCCGUGCUCAGCCCGCAGUCCUGGGAGAACCAGGCCCCUACGCUCAGCCUAGCCUUAACACGCCAUUGCCCAACCUGCAGAAUGGCCCCGUCUAUGCGCAAGUUGUCCAGAAGAGGGUGCCCAAUGCCUAUGACAAGACCGCCCUGGCGCUGGAGGUGGGUGACAUGGUGAAGGUGACCAAGAUCAAUGUCAACGGCCAGUGGGAGGGUGAGUGCAAGGGCAGGAGAGGUCACUUCCCCUUCACGCACGUGCGGCUGCUCGACCAGCAGAACUCCGAGGACGACUUCAGCUGAGGGCAUCUGUGCCCAGCUCCUCUCUUUCAUUCAUAUGCAUACAGUUCUACAUACAUACAUACACACACACAUGCAUGUGUGAGCACACAGGGUUGCACCUCAAACCUCUGAUCUCCGCUUUAUCUAUUCUAGGCCUAGUGGUUCACCUCCACAAUUUCUGCAUCUUUAUAAUGGUCCAACGUGCCACUACCCCUCUUCCUCAAUGCCUUUGCUGAAUAAGAUGUGUAAUUGGAUUUGCCUCAUGCUAAUUUCUGGUAUUAUUAGGCUUUGGUAUCUUACAUUCAUCUAGAUACUCCAACACACACACUCGUAUACUCUCUUAGGAACUAAAGGACCUUUUUUUUUCCUGCAUUGCCUAUGUCUAACUCAGACUUUAAUAGAGAGAGGAGGAAAGGACAAUUGGUUCACCUGACCUGGAAGCACAGCGUCAGCGCCCCUGAGGUGUUCCACCAUUGUUGGUGUCUGCUCUUUCGACUACAGUGGCUCAGAGGGAUGUUUUUGAGCUGUGAUCCACACUACGAGCAAGGUUAAAUGUUUUUUGUAAUAAAAAGGAAAUUGUAUAUGUAGCUGUAUACUAUUACAUGCUUGGGUGUGUCUAUUCUGGACGUAUGAGAUAGACCUAAACAUUAAUGCAGAUGUAGGAGGGAGCAAACAGGUAUGACAAGCAUAAGGAAGAUAAGGGAGCAGAUGAGGGCGCCCUCUGCUGUCUGGAGGAUGUUUCGAGGUAACAUGGUCCUGCACGAUUCGUUUUGGGGCCCUAUGCACUUCAGUGUGAGCAUGACAACGCAGAAGUGACAGGCAGUCGGCAAUAGGUGUAAUUUGACCCGUUCUGCUAUUUUCUUUCUCUGCUUCCCUCCCCCCCGGGCCUGAAGAUAUGUGGCUUAUAUAUAUUCAGUAUAUGGGCAGUUUUUGGCUGGUUUUUAUCUCCUAUUUUGUAUUUCUAGGAGCCUUAAACCAAGUAGCUAAGAAUCCCCCUAAUUAGCCUCUGAUAAGAGGUGUACGUUCACUCUAAUGACAUUCCUGUCACCACCCCCCUUUCUGUCUGUAUGGAGAUUAGCCGACAUCCGUCCCCCUUCAGCCAGGACUCUUCGUUAGUCACAGAUGGAGCCGCAGCUUGUCGGCCCCUAAUGCAGUCGCUCUACAGCCACAUUUUAAAAGGUGGUGGUUCGGGGGUCUUAGGGCCUCAGGACGUGCAGAUGCGGGGGCUGGUCAUUCUGCACGUUUUUGUGUCUCUCUCUAAUACAGUUGACCUCCCAGCAGGCGUUUCCCUACUGCUUCAGCCAUGGAGUAAUUCCUUUUUAAAUGAAAUCUAUAAAGUGCUGUAUAUACUCAUGUAAGCGGUUAAACACUACUAGUAUUUAUUAGCUGUCAUGAACACACUAGCAGUUGUAUCGAUACCUGUGAUUGGAGAGUUUUAGGGAGUUGUGAAAAUUGGUUUAACGGCGUCUGAUUUUGAUUAAUUUUAUAUUCUUAUGACGGGUCACACGACAAUCAUACUCGGCACGCUGGACAGCAGUAGGCUGCUGCCGUAGUACACUGUGUUCUUAGGCUGUGUUCGGCCUGCUCUCACAGCAGACAUCCUCCAAAAACCAGCAUCCGGCUUCAGAUACAAUCCACCACCCUGUUUGUCAGAACGUGGAAAUUUGUUUCUGGGAGUAGAAGAUGCUGCGGUGCCCUUCAUCUCCCUCGUAAGGCACUACCCACAAUGCACCACUCACUGACACUGUGAAAAGCACACGACCCUGCACUGUUCAUACUGGGUUCCCCUGUCUAAUAGUAACAGUUGUAAGAAGUUCAGAUUAUUUUAGGAGUAAUGUAGCUUAGUAAGCUUGGAGAGGGCAGGAGUUAGUGUAAAACAUUCUCAUUGAAAUUGUCCACAACAGCCUGUGCUGAAAGGAAAAGAA